UUGAAGAAACCAGUGGCAUAUAUUCUCCUAAACUUCUUGUGGAUCAGAAGACUCUCUUCUACUGAUCAGUUCUCUUCUUCUAUUGUAUGCUCAGCAAUGGUUUCCGCCUCUACCCCCAAUUAAGCUUAAUAUCACCCAGAAAUGUUUAAUAACAGAAAGUAGCAGAAUAAAAAUUCAAGUACGAAAAUGGCUAUGCUGGGAGCAAGUCCAAUUAGGUUCUCAAGCUUUCCACCGUCUUCUUCAUAUCUCACUUCCACCUUCAAACCCACCUCCUCUUCCACACUAUCAUUAGUUGUGGUGGGGAAAUCAAUUAUCUAUCGUCGAUGUGUCGCCUGCUCCGCUGUUCAGGAAUCUUCUACUCCUACAGCCACUGCUGAAACCAAGGGAACCACUCCACCAUCAGCCGGCGUUGCUGGUGGUGAGGAGGAAGUGAAGGCAGCUCCAAAAGCAGCUGCAGCAAAGCCUAAACCUGCUGCAAAGGCUCCUGCCAAAUCUUUGCCGGAGUUGAUGUCGGAGGAUGUCAUCCCUUCAUUGAAAACAAUACUUGAAGCUCAAGAUGAUAUAUCUGAAAUUGAACUCACUUUCCAAGACAACAAGUUGGAAGGUUCAUUCCUGAAGGAGGGCUGUCCCUACUCUUUCUGGGCCUUCUUCCCUGAUGGAGGCCUAACAGGUCCCAAAGGUUUUUCAUUGUCUUCAUAUGGCUCAGGAGCAAGCACUGUGGAGCCUUUCCUCGUUGAUGAGAAGAAAAUUACUGCAAGGCAUGUAGUUUUCUGGGUCGAAAAGCGUUUGGCCGCCCAAGGAAUUAUUCCUGUCUGGAAAGAAUGAUUUAUAGCAUAACAAGAAAUGCUGCCAUGUAAUUAUUCAUGUCUGAAUAUAAUGCUCUCAUACAAAAUUUUCCAAUUCAUAA